AUGUCCCUAAAGAACCCCCACUUUCCUUCUUCGGUCGCGUUUGACAUAAUCCAACAAGCACUGAGUUCAACGGAGAUUAAGCGUAAUAAUGCAAUAAAACAAUGCAACGCCGUCUUCUCCUUUGUUUUGACCAACACUGCCGGCGAGACCGAUAGUUGGCACGUUGAUCUCAAGGAAACCGGCAAGGUUGGGAAAGGUCCUUGCAACAACCCUACUGUGACUCUCUUGCUUUCUGAGAAAGAGUUUGGCGACAUAUUUUCCAAUAAAGUCAACGCACAAGAAUUGUUUAUGGCUGGAAAACUCAAGAUCAAGGGCGAUGUGCUAAAGAUGACCAAGCUUGAAAGGAUUCUUAAGAGCGACCAAAUUGAAUCCAGAUUGUAA